UGUUAGGGUUUAAUCACGUGACAGUAGCUAAGGCAACAUGGCGAACGCCGGCAGGAUGACCGUUGACGGAGAACUGCUGCGUAAUGCUGAAUAUACUCCAAAAACAAACGUUAGGAGCGACGCAAGUAUCGACACACGUCUGGGAGGGACUCUGAUUGCAGUCGGUCUUGGUGUGACUGCUGCAGCUUUUGCAGGCCGCUAUGCAUUCCAGCUGUGGAAGCCUCUUGGACAAGUCUUCUCUGAAACCGUCAGGAAGAUGCCCACAUCCGCUUUCUCGCCAUAUUACAAAGGAGGUUUUGAGGAGAAAAUGUCGAAGCGAGAGGCCAGCCUCAUUCUCGGCAUCAGCCCCGCCUGCACUAAGGCCAAGGUACGCGACGCCCAUCGUGCCAUCAUGGUCCAGAAUCAUCCAGAUAAAGGUGGGUCACCGUAUCUCGCCGCUAAGAUCAACGAGGCCAAAGACCUUUUGGACAAAGAAAUCAGACGAUGACUUGCAGAGUUAACGAACACUUUAAAGACUUCCAUCACCUCCUGCAGGAUCUCAGCUCUGUGCUGCUGCUCCACCAACAUCAAGACUCCGGCUCAGGAAGCAAAACAUAUACAUUCAUGUACGUUUCCUUCAUAGCAACAUUACUUAUCUCCAACUCAAUUUGUCAACAUUAUGAACAUAUAUGUAUGUCAAUGAAGAGGGAAGGAUGUUGCUUUGAAAUGACUCGAGGGUCAUUUUGAAUGAGUUUAGGGGUCAUCAGAGGGCAUGGAUGGGUAGAGUCUCCCUCUAGUGGUAGCUGUGCUACAUCAAGAAAUAUUUUGUAUAAAGAUUUAUUAUGAGUGUAUAAAUGGAAGCAUAUAAAAAGGUACUAUGUAAUCUAUUUAAGGAAUAAGACAAUAAUACAUUAACAUAAUUCCAUGUUUAAACAGUUAAUGUGGAAGUGGUGAAAUAAACUUUAUUUGAAAACAUC